AUGCACACGACACAAGAAGACGCCCACCGCAGCAAACGACACCUCACCCAGCCCGCCAUCACCGACUUCUUCCCCAUAGACGAGACCUUCGACUUCGACGCACCCUCCCACAACGACACCACAACCCCCGACCGACCAACCCUCGCUCCCCACGUCCCCGGCGCCGUCCAAGCCGACCUCAUGCAAGUCGGCAUGCGUGUCCGCAAAAGCGUGCCCGAGGGCUACAAGACGCACGCCAACAAGAUGAUGGCCCUGCCCUCCAUCUCCACCACCAUGACCUCCACCAUGACCCUGACACCCCCGCCCACCAAUCCCGCCAACGUCGUGCACCAGCGCGAACUCCUGCCCUUCUGCGGCCUGCACAAAAUCGGCGGGUUUGCCGACCAGCCCACCACCAACAUCCACCUCUACACAGGCGAAGCCGACGUCGACGCCCGCGACAUGUGGCUCCCUGCCCGCCGAGACAUUCACACAGCCGACUCGGGGUACGGCUCCAUCCGCGCGAAUGCGAAUCCGAGCAAGAGGAGCUGGCACGAUGAAGACGAGCUGAGGCUGGAUCUGAGCACGAGUUCUUUUGCGUUUGGGAAGCAGGCGCAGAUCGAGAUCGAGGAGGUGCCCGUUAGUCCGUUGAGCGAGAUACCCGAGGACAUGAUGCCCGCGGUGAGGCAGAUCAAGCAGCCCAAGUCGAGGAGGAGAGAGGGCGAGGGAGGGAAUGAGCCGCUCAGAGUGGCGGUCGGGAGCGGGAGUGAUUUCGACGAGGCGGAUUUCCUGGGCUCAGGGGAGGUUGUCAUGGAUGGGCCCCCGCGCAAGAAAGUGCGCCGUGCGAUGGAAGAUGGCCCUGAGUCAAGGCCCGUCCUCAUUCUCGUCGGUGACAUCCAAGAAGAGUACCACAUUCAUGAGAACAUACUGCGUGGUAGCUCCAGCUUUUUCGACAACGCGUUGAAGAAAGAGUGGAAAGAGGGCCAAGACCGAGCUAUCGAUCUGCCCGAAGUGAACAACGAGGCGUUCAGCAUAUGGAUCAAAUGGCUCUAUUCUGGCAGCAUCUUCGUGGUCCGUCCAGACGAUUGUCCGAGUGAUGGAAAAUCGAGCAAGGAAGCUACAAGAUGGGGUAAUUGUUACGCUCUGGGCGACUAUCUCCAAGACGCAGACUUCAAGGACGCCUGCAUUGACGUGAUGAUCGAGCGCAUGCUCUGCAGUCAAAACCAAGCAUAUCACCUUCCUGCCAUGAUCUAUACUUGUUCGACACAGGAUUCAAAUCAUCGCACUUUCGUCGUCGACAUUUUCAUCAAUGUCACGGGCCGGACGGAGUGGGCCAAGAAUGUAUCACAGCCGCAACAGUUCCUUUUCGACGUUGUCAAAGCUAUUGGCCCAAAGCUUGGCUCCGGCAUGAACGAGCAGACUUACAACCAGUUCUUCAACCUGGAUGACAUUUGCAAGUACCACGACCACGGACCUGACAAGCCUUGCUACAAGACCAAGCCCGCCUAUCGUUUCUAA